AUGUUGUUGAGGCUGAGUGAGGAAACGAGCGGGAGCGGGAGAGCAGCCGGGCGUCCGCUCGCUUAAACCCUCAGGCCCACCCCUAGUUAAUCCUUUAGCUCCCGUGUCACCGUCUGUAAAGUUGGUUUAAAUUGGUUGACAACAGGAUUGGCUGGUGUCCUCAGCUGCUUAAGGGAAACGCCACUGUUUUGGUCACAGGUGGUUGUUAUUGAUUGUGCUCAGCAUGGCCGUGGUCAUCCGCUUGCAGGGUCUCCCCAUUGUGGCGGGGACCAUGGAUAUCCGCCACUUCUUCUCUGGAUUAACCAUUCCUGAUGGUGGUGUGCAUAUUGUAGGUGGUGAACUUGGUGAGGCUUUCAUCGUUUUCUCCACAGAUGAAGAUGCACGGCUUGGUAUGAUGCGUGGUGGGGGUACAAUUAAAGGAUCCAAAGUAUCACUCCUACUGAGUAGUAAAACUGAAAUGCAAAAUAUGAUUGAGCUGAGUCGUAGGCGUUUUGAAACUGGUAAUGUGGAUAUGCCACCAGUAGGCUCAAGCAGACCUGGGCCAACUAGUAAUACUGGUAUUACUGCGAGGGGUAGCUUACCUACAACUAUGCCUAACUUAAACACUCCCACUAUGGUCACCACAACUUCCUCAUUACAUGAAAGCAUAGGGAAUAAAAAUGUGCCCACCUUUUCUGCUGCCAGCAUGGGAAGUACAUCCUCUAGCCUCAAUCCCACUUUUACCAGCCCUGGGUUUAGCAUGGGUUCAACAAUAACCAGCACUAUGCCGCCACUGAAUACGAUAAACUCUGUGCCACCUUUGCCACCCCUUCCUCCUUUACCUACAAUGCCAUCAUUGCCGCCUAUGCCUUCAGUUCCUCCAAUUGGUAUCUUGCCACCAGUGCCUCCCCUUCCUCCUAUAGCACCUCUUGCUCCAAUUCCUCCCAUGCCACCAAUACCUCCAUUGCCAAGCUUACCACCCAUGCCCAUCAAUGCAGGUAGUACUCUUCCUCUAGGAAGCUCUGGGCCCAGUGGAAUGAAUGGUUCUGGGUCUGCAUUGGGCAUCAGUAAUAGCAUAAGUUCCAUGUACAUGGGUCCUAUAGGUUCAUUAAAUCCACUGCAUCCCAUGAAUUCCCAUAGUUCAAUUAACAAAGGACCACCACCAAUUAAUUCCAAUGAUGUGUAUGUCCAUAUCUAUGGGAUGCCAUACACUGCAAUGGAGUCAGAUGUAAGAGAAUUUUUUCAUGGACUUCGAAUUGAAGCGGUGCACAUGAUGAAAGAUCAUCUAGGUCGCAAUAAUAGAGACGCAAUGGUAAAGUUUUAUAGUUCCUCCGACACGUUUGAAGCUCUGAAACGACAUGGAAAAAUGAUGAUGGGACAGAGAUUUGCUAAUGUAUUCCCUGCAACAGAGAGACAGUGGCUCAAUGCCACUGUUGGCUUUAGUACACCCAAAAGCAUGGCCCCCCCACCUUCCAUUGGGCAUUAUGGACAGAACCUACCUCCAUUUCAUACAUCUAGGUCUGAAUCUCCAAGCAAACGUGAACGAUCGCGAUCACGCUCGCCUCACGAGAAGGAGUUCUGUGUUUAUUUGAAAGGCUUACCAUAUGAGGCUGAAAAUAAGCACAUCAUGGAAUUCUUCAAUAAACUGGAACUCAUAGAGGAUAGCAUCUACAUAGCCUAUGGACCAAGUGGAAGAGCAACAGGUGAAGGCUUUGUAGAAUUUAAAACUCCCACUGAUUACCAGGCAGCUUUGUGUCGCCACAAACAGUACAUGGGCAAUCGCUUCAUCCAAGUUCAUCCAAUCACUAAAAAAGCAAUGUUGGAGAAGCUAGAAAAUAUUCAGAAGCGAGCGCACAACUUUGUGCCAAAUGAGCAGAAGAGAGAAGUAACAGUGAAAACUGAGGAAGUGUCUGGCUCACCAAAAAUUUGUGGUCAUAUAUGGAAUAUCCCUUAUAAUGUAACAAAAAGUGACGUGUUCCAGUUUUUGGAAGGUAUUGGACUAGCAGAAAAUGGUGUCCAGAUUCUUGUAGACUCUAAUGGCCAAGGGCUUGGGCAGGCCCUUGUGCAGUUCCUAAAUGAAGAGGAGGCACAGAAGGCUGAACGACUGCAUCGCAAGAAAUUAAAUGGACGUAAUGCAUUUCUUCAACUAAUCACUCUUGAACAAAAACAAGAAAUGGAAACAAAUCCACCAUUUCAAACAAAGAGCCAGAAGAAUCCAAACCAAGGAAGUCUUGAUCCUACUUUCCUCCCCUGUGUUGGAGGUGACAGCAUUUUUUCUCCAAGUGUCAGUUCAGGCAAUCUUAAUGGCCCUGUACCACCAUUCAACCCUGUCAGUAGCUUUAGCGGAUCAACUAGCCUAUUUGGACAAGGGCCGAGUCCUGGAUCAGGGGUCAGUGUUAGUAUUAGUGAUGGCCCAACGGGUGGGCCUGUUUUUGGAAGCAGCACUGUCAGCAGUUUUCCAGGAGCAGGGGUUGAGCCAAGGGUUGGAAGUGGCCCUUUAAGUACCAAAAGCCCAACAGUGGUUAAAGUGCAAAAUUUGCCCUUCAAAGUAUCCGUGGAUGAAAUUUUGGAUUUCUUUUAUGGCUACCGUGUGAUUCCUGACUCUGUGUGCUUGCAAUUCAAUGAGCAAGGCAUGCCUACAGGUGAAGCAAUGGUUGCUUUUGAAUCCUGCAAUGAAGCAAUGUCAGCUGUUGUUGACCUGAGUGAUAGACCUAUGGGAUCUAGGAAAGUGAAGCUAGUCUUGGGAUAACUCCCAAAUUUUAAACUAAGGCUGUAGCUUUAUAGGCUUACCUUAAGGAUAGUUAUUUAACAUGGAGGUUAUCUGAACCUCUGGCCUGAAACUUGCAAGUGUUUGCAGCUGACUCUUUGACCGCCCCAUUAUUCGGAAUCUAAUGAAAAUGUUUGUGUCCGGUGGAAAGUGUAAGUGCACCACUGAUAGUGUAGACCUAGCAGAAAUGGAUGUUUUGUGUAGAUCCAUGAAACUGUUAGCUUUUUCAUACUUAGGCAACCGGCCUAUGCACAGAUGCAUAUUAGAUACUAAUGUAGCCAUAUUUUUGUUAAAUGCAAUCAUUUUAAGUUUUGGCACCUGAAUGUUAAGUGGAUAGAAGCUCUGUCUUUGGCAACAAUCUGUAACUGCAGAUAUUUAACUCUGCAAAUGAAAACUAUGAAAUCAGAGCUAAACCUAGGUUUGACAUUGAUGUAAAUUAUAGUAUUUUGUGCACUUGGGUUUCAUUGUCAGCUGCCAUUAGACGCAGUGAAAAUAGUAGGAACUAGGGUACAAAUAAGUUGAAAACUUGGUUCUUAAUGUGCAUGUUGACCCUUUGUUCUGGGCAUGGUAUUUUUUUUCCAAAAUUUUUGAGUUUGAGAGUCAUUCUCUCCUAUAUCUGUAUAUAAAACGGCAUAUUGCAGGUUAAGUUGUUUCACUUCUGUGUUCAAUUUGAACUUGUGCUAUUGUGUGACCCAAGGCUUGAUAUCAUACUGUUUAUGGAGCUCAUUUGUGUGCUAGUUAUCUAAUUAUUCUGCUAGUACCCACACUGUUCACAUUAAUGCUGCAAGGGUGGUGAAAUCAGUUCGGAAGAACUUAUUUUUUCUUUUUUAACCACUACAGGCUGCCAGUUUCUUAGUGUAGAAUUUGGCUAAUGCAAGACUUUUAAUGCUGAUGCACUUGGUAUAAUUUCUGCAUUAUACUUUUCUAAAAUUUUGUUACUUGCUGGUUUGUAAAGGUGUACAAAAGACCCCUGUAAACCCAUUCAAAGAUUGAAUGAAUUCCUGUAACAGUGUUUUUUUAACGCAAGCUGCAACUGUAUUUCUUUCUGGCACCAGAAAAUGCUCAUUGUAUUCAUGCCAGCAUGCAGUGCUAGUAGAGAUUUAGAGUAACUAGCAUUUUGAAAUGUAUUUGUAAGCAAACGUUUGCUGGAUAGAGAGUGCCCUGUUUUGGGAAAUAUUGUACAGUCUUGUUAAUGACCCAAACCUCAAUAAUCCUACUGUAUCAUAUCCGUAAGCUUUUUUGUAAAAGAUACAAAAUGAAUCAGUAAAAGUGUGAUGCUGUUUUUUUAAACUGAAAAGAACAAUGCGUAUUGUUUAUUUGAAUUUUUGAUGUGUUUUUGCAAAUGAUGUUGAGGAGAUCUGAAACGUAUGCAACACUACAUUGUAUAGUGAGAAAGGACUUUUAUUGGUUCACUGAGCUUCUGAAACUGCUCCCAGUACAUCUUGGGAUUUUCCAUCUCUGGCUUUCAGUUUUGGGUCUUCAAUCCUGCAAUGUACUGUACCAGUAGAAUUUAUUUAAUGUGAUGCAGUAGGGAGGGAUUUGGAACAGAUUGGUCUCCAUUCUCAAGAGCACAGAUUCAGCUCCUGCACAAAAUGGGUCUCAAAAGUAGUUGAUAUUGUAAUAAAAUUGACAGUAAUGUUGAGAGGUGAUGUGACUCUCCUGCUGGUUGACUUAUGAACCAAAUUCAAUUACGAAGUAAAUCCAAGUCUGCUCAGUGGGCUAAUGUGAGAAGUCCCCGUAAACUACUUGUAAGUAGUAUUGUAAGAACUGCAUUGCUCUGUGUGUGACCGGAAUAUCUGAUGCAACGUAUUAAGUAUAUUUGUAUUGCCACUGUUGCAUUUAAAGAUCGCCUUUGUAAUUUGCAGACUGAUAAAUUUUGCAUUUACAUCUAUUUGGUGAGAUCGGUAGGAAAAAUGUUGAACUGAACCAUGAUGUAAAAGAACAAGUUGUACAUACACCAUUAUCUUCAGCUUUUUGUCAAUAAAAUGCAUUCCAUGAUAAAUAAAGGAAACAGCUCUUGUAGGUUUAGAUAUAAAACUUUGUGUUGCUUUUAAAAGAGAAAUGGCCAGACAAAUGGCAAAUUUGAUGGCUUUUUUUGUUUUUUCAAUGUUUUGUGCAACUGAAGAACAUUGUAGUGUACCUGGUACCUGAGUCUGAUGGUUAGUUGGUAACAAAGCUGUCCAAUACUGACUUGAAUGGAUGUGAGGACCAGUUACCAGUCUGAUUUUCCUCAAUGAUCAUCUAUUCUUGCAAUUUCCCUCAUUAUUUCAGAAGCAAAUUGAUAUACAACAGUAUCUUCAAUGAGCAGCUGCGACAGUGAAAUUCCCUAUUAAAAAUUCUUUUAAUUUAGUUCGUCAAGGAGUUGAGAAUCACUUCACAAUUGGGGAUCAAAGUGAAAUUCUCCUAAAUGAUGUAAAAUUUCUCUCUUCUCAGGUUACCCUUGGCAAGAGUAACUUUCUUCAUUUUUGCCCAGUUUCUCCCCAGGACACCCAAUUCUGCCCCCCAUCAAACAGGAGCCUUUAUAUUGUUUGCUGCCUCCUAAUGGAGCAGAAAGCCUGUUUUGCUUUUUCCCCAAUUAUAUUACUCUUACACUUCGUACAAAAAGAGGUAGUGAUUUCAGAAGAAAAGUUCAAUUGAUUGUUGGAUUAGGUUUGAUUUUAAUUGCAGGAGACUAUUAGAUGCUUUCGCUCCAAUUGCAGCAUUGUUUUGGCGAAUGAAUUAUUCUGAUUACUUCCUGUUCUCAAGAGAAUGAGUGAGUUUUUGUUUGGCUUGUCUCUGUGGUAUAUUCUCAAUUUAUUUUCAAUUUCCAGAGAAGUUGUGCAUACUUACAUGGAACUUGAGUGUCUUGUUCUGUUGCUCUUGUACGACCCUUAAACUGCAUACAUAAAAUGGCAAGCGUAACUCAU